UGAACCCUAUUUCGUUUACAAAACAGCUACAAAAGAUCUAUAAAGACACAAGUUACGAACUUCAUAAACUGUUAGAAGAUAAUGAACUAAUUGCAAUUAAAAAUGAAUUUGAUCAAGAAGACGAUAGAAGAAUGAAUAAAGAACAAUUAAGAGAAAUUCUUGUAAGCGCAGCGAAUAUCGUAUAUGAAGAAGAAAAACAAUUCAAUUUAAUCUUUCAAAAAAUGGAUACUUCCUGUAAUGGUUAUGUUACCUGGGAUGAUUUCAUAUCCUAUUUAAUAUUAGGAUACGAACAACAAGAAGUAAGCGUUGAAUACAAAACAUUAGAUCCUCCAAUUCCAGAUUCUCCGACUAUGCUAAAGAGUAAUCACCGCCAUAAUGUAAAUCGUAUAGCAUUUUAUCCCACCGUUAGACCCGACAGAUCUAGCACGUGGAAUGACGGAAGCAUUGUAACAUGCAGCCCUGACGGUGUUAUAAACUACUGGUCACUGGAUAUGCAAGUGGAACGAACCGCCCAAUCGACUUGUCCGUACCUAAAAGUUCAGGGUACUAUGGUAACCGAUAUGGCUGUUCUUCCAGAUGUGAGUGUCAUCUGCACUUCUAGCAGCGAAAGGGAUUUAAGGUUUUAUGACACAUCGGCAAGAAAGUUUGAGUUAAGAGUAAUGAUCGUAUCAUUUCCCCAUGCUAUUACUACUAUGUACUACACGUUUGAUAAAGAUAUAUCAGUACCAUCAAAGCUUAUUUGUGGAGAUACCUCUGGAAGUAUUAGAGUGAUUUUAAUCGAUACCGAAGCUAGAGGUCCUUUCAAAAGUCAACCAGGUAUUCUGUUACGAGAAGCACGAUACGAAAGAUUUUUGAAAGGAGCUAUACCUCAUAUGAGAAGUACGGAAUUUAACAGCAUCCAUACUGAUUUCGUAAGGCAAGUUUGUUAUUAUUCCAGUUUACAUAGUAUUGUAUCGUGUGCUCAAUGCUACAAAGGUCUUCAAAUAACAGAUAUAACCGAUGCAAGUAAAUUUUACUGUUUUAAAAUAUUCGGAGGAGUUUGGAGUUUUGCUGUAAGCGAGUCUAACCAUCUAGUAGGAACUGGAGGACCGGAUUGCUUAGUGAGAGUGUGGAACCCAUUUGUACAAGGAAGACCUAUAUGUACAUUUUACGGUCAUCACACAGGUAUAAUCCAGUUGCAGUUUCAAGACAAUGGUUCGAUACUCUACAGCCUUUCCAAAGAUAAAUGCAUAAAAGUAUGGGAUGUAGGUGCUCAAGAAUUGCUGCAAACGUAUUUGGAGCUACCUUCUGCUUUAGGGGAUAGGAAUCAUUUAACCACGUUAUAUAACCCAGAAAGUAGGCAGUGGAUUAUAGCUUGUAUUAUGAUAGCAACAUUGCCGUUAAGUCCUAAACAGAGCUCCGAACAUACAGAUGGUAAUACGCACACAAGUGGUGUGUCAGUGGUAUUGUUCAAUCAGCUGUAUAGGACUGUUAUAACAUGUGGUUUAGACAGCUACAUAAUUGUUUGGGAUCCUUGGGAUGGAAGACGUCUUCUAGUGAUAAAAGAUGCACACACCGUCAUGUUACAUGGAGAGAUAAAGCCAGUUGAAAUAACUGCGGCCACAUUCGAUCCAGGUUGGCAGCGUUUGUUAACUGGAGCACAUGAUGGUACAUUGAAAAUUUGGAACUUCAACACUGGUACUUGUUUGAGAAAUAUGAAGAUCGAACAGUGGUGUGAAGUCCAAUCCGUCAUAUGGGUGAAAGGGCGAAUAUUGGCUAUAGGUUGGAACCGAAGAAUUACUGAAUUCGCUGAUACUAACGAAGCUGAUUCACCUGGUGGUGCAUUUUGCAAAAACUGGGAUCUUAGACAUACUGAAGAUAUAAGCUCGGGGGUGGUGAGAAUUCCAGAAACAUUAGCUACAAGCUCAUACGUUGGAGAGUUAAUUUUUUGGAGACUUGAAACUGGACAACCUUAUAAGAAAUUUAACGUUUCCAAGCCAACAGUAAGAAUAAAAUUAUAUUACCAAUUAGCAAAAUCAAAAGAAAAAGCCCAAGAAGAAAUGCCUUCGAGAAAAGUGUCCUCAAUCCCCCAGAAAAAAAGAACAUCAAUAGUUUCGUCACGUUUAUCUGCAGAGUCCGCACUUUCAGGUCCUGCAACUCUCGUUAAGGAUAGUCGAACUCCAAGAGAUCGGAGAGUUUCAAGCAUCAAUGUACCAGAAGAAAUAUUUCAUUUAAAAAAAUUAGCAAUCCAUACUAUGUUGUUCUUGAAUGCCAGAAAGACUGAUCCACGUGUAGGAACGCUACUUGUAGCUUUAGAAAACGGCUCCAUACAAGUUUGGAGUCACCAUAUUGUAGGAGGAUAUAUUACAAGUUUUUCAGCCAUUCACAAAGCUGGGGAUUACGUUAUAUCAAUGACAACCGAUGAGAAGAACGAAUUUUUAUUUACAGGGACCACUGUUGGUUACAUAAAAAUCUGGCUAUUGAAGAACUUCUGCGUUUUAGAUGAAGAAAGAGAACAUAUUUGUAUGCCUAAGUACAGGCUUAUGUUUCCCUUUUUGUGGGGCGAUAGAUUUGUUGGCAGAGCUCGAAGAAUGCAAAAAGCCCAACCAUUUCCUAUUCUUUUAAACAGUUUUAAAGGUCACUUUAUGCCUGUGUCAGGAAUUUUGUACAUUGAAGAGUGCCAAUUAAUUAUAAGCUGUAGUGCAGACUUUAGCUGUCGAAUGUGGACUCUUGGUGGAAGAUAUAUCCAAACAAUCGGCACUUUCAAACCAUGGAAAAUGGUCCCACCAUACGAACCUGUUGAUUCUGAUUUUGAAUUUGAGAUCCCACCCGAUAUAAAAAGAGUAGCCAGCUCUACUACAUUGCGAGUACUAAGUGGUGGAUCGUUCCCAAAAAGAUUGACUAUAAAGCAAUUGAAAAAAAUGCAAGAGAAAGAUCACAUCCACAUCGACAAUGAAAAGAUUUAUGGACAAACCUUAGUAGAUCCUAUUCUUGGGCGCUAUUUUAACAUACCCGAGAGAACAGUUAGACAAAGGGAUAUCGAGUUCGAUACUUCAUUUCCAUAUAUUCCUGUGUAUCAGCAUCUUAUCACUCCUCCACCAGUACCAAUCGUAAGAAAGAAGAUUCAACGUUCAUAUAUACCGCAAUAAUAAAAAAUAGAUCCAUUA